AUGGCUAAUCAUGGAUAUAUCCCUCGUAAUGGUAUCACCGAUAUGACUCAGCUGGCGUAUGGCUUGCAAGAAGGACUGGGCCUUGCUCCUGACUUCACUUUAGUCUUGAUUGCCUUUGCGCUCAAAACUUGCGUCGAUCUUACAACUUUGAAAAUGUCAAUAGGAAGAACAGAUUCUAGAACAGAUGGACCACUUAGUGUUCUUCUUGGAACCGCUCCUGGAUUGUUUUCUGCCGAAGCGCAUAAUAAAUAUGAGAUUGAUGGGUCUUUGGGAGGUGAUGAUGCUUAUUUUGCACCUGAUAAAAGGUCUCACUUCAAUGGAACCCGAUGGAACCGAUGGAGACAAAUUGCUGUUGAGAAAUACGAUGGUGUCAUGUCAAUUCCUUGGAAUUCAGAAGUCCGAUCCAUUCAGUACAAAGAAUGCCGAGACAUGAAUCCUGAAUGUCAUUGGGCUGUUGUUGACCAGUUUGCAUUCUAUGCGGCUCAAAAUUUGAUUUCAACCCUUAUACCUUCCUCUGAAGAGAACGGAAAGCCUGGCCCUGCCCUUGUCGAUACUAUUGAUACUUUCUUCGGAUUUCACAAAGACUCCACUGGUCAAUACACUCAUGGAAGUAGUCGUUUUCCUCCAGGAUCUAGUGGAGUUUGGUACCGAAGAACUGUGCCUCACACUUUUCCGGAGUUUGUUGAAGCUGGUAUUGCUAGUCUAGCACCUCGUAAGUAA